AUGGCUCCCCUUUCGAAACAACAACCCCGGAUAACGCUGAAAGGCCUUGAGCGAACUCCUCUCAAACCUACCGGUGUACUAGAUGCAUUCGAGUCUUUUGAUGUGACCCCGGUUAUUGGACGCGAGUUUCCCAAUGCCAGCCUUAAGGACUUCCUGUCUGCUUCUAACUCGGAUGAUUUGCUUCGUGAGCUCGCUCUCACCAUUUCGCAACGCGGCGUGGUCUUUUUCCGCAAGCAAGACGGCCUUGAUGACAACUUGCAGAAAGAACUCGUCCAGCGACUGGGUGAGCUUUCGGGCAAGCCAGAGACUUCCGGACUUCACAUCCAUCCUGUUGUCAACUCUGGUCGUGAGCACGGCGUGACAGAUGACGAAAUCAGCGUUAGCUUCCUAAGACUGGAGGUGAAAUUCCUCGACGGACUGACUGCCACCUAUGCCGGACCAAACUUCAAUGACGUUGCCAAGAAAAACGGUUUCGAAGUCCACCCUGGUCCUCGCGGUGCCCCCGAGAACGUUGGGGGGGGGGGAACUAUCCGCGGAGCACCCUUCACUGGCUGGAAGAGUGUUUUCGCUGUUGGAAAUAUGGUUCAAAAGAUCAACGGUGUCACUGAUGAGGAAAGUGAUCAUCUUCUUAACUGGUUCCUUAGUCUGGUCGUCGAGAACCAUGAUCUGCAAGUGCGCCUCCGCUGGCAGAACCCGAACGAUCUUGCCAUUUGUGACAAUCGAUCAGUCUUCCACGCUGCUACUUCGGACCACGAGGGGUUUGGCCAGCGAACAGGGCAUCGUGCCGUUGGACUGGGAGAGAGACCGUAUCUGGACCCGAACAGUACUAGCCGCCGCGAGGCAUUGGCUAGGGAUCCAUAG